UCUGUGGUCUAUGCUAUGGUGUAUACAAUCUCAUUUGAUACUUAUCGUUCGUGUAUGAAUCGUCUGCUGCAUGAUGAAUGAUAUUUAAAUUAAAUUGACGUAAUAUUACUAAAAAAAUGACAUUGUAUCAUUUCGGAAAUUGCUUAGCUUUAGUUUAUGUUCCAUAUUAUCUUACUUAUAAAUAUUCUGGCUUGUCAGAAUAUGGUGCAUUUUGGAAAUGUAUUCAAGCUGGAGGCAUUUAUAUAUUUACACAAUUAGUCAAAAUGUUAGCACUUGCUACUUUUUUCCCUACAGCAGAUAAUGUUGGAGGUGAAGGCUUUGAUUUAAUUGGCGAAUUUUUAAAAUCUUCAAUUGAUUUAGCUGACUUAGUAGGAAUUCUAUUAGUAUUAAAUAAUAUACCUGGUAAAGGGCAUGCAAAAGUUCUAACUGCUGGAGUUGGAUGGGCUGGAGCCGAAGUAUUACUUACUAGGUUUCUUCUGUUAUGGGUAGGAGCAAGAGGUGCAGAAUUUGAUUGGAAAUACAUUCAAAAAAGUCUUGAAUCUAACAUAAAUUUAGUACAACAUAUAACUACAGCAACGCUUGUAUGGUUAUGGUCACGACAUGAUUUAAAACGAAGUUUGGUACCAAUAGUAGUUGGUAUGCUCAUACUUACAGUUUAUAGGCCACUUAUUUUAGAUUUUUUCUUAGUAGUUUUUCUAACUGGUCCAUGGUCAGCUCUUGUUGUUAAAGCUGCUACUACUUUUAUCAUGGGUAUUACAACAUUAUAUAUGUAUGCUGGUCUUGCUCAUUCCAUAGGCAUCUUUUGAACAAUAUGUAUAUUUAUAUUUAUAUUUUUAAAAAUCAAUAGUUCAAUCCAUUUCUUUAUUUCUUUAUAAUGUGUAUUACUAUACAAAAUAAAUCUUAUUUUAUUAAUAAA